AUGAAGAGUUCGAAAUCCAAAACAUCCAACUCUUUAACGGCAGAAAAAUUGCAACAAAUCAUCAAAAACGUACGAAACGCAUCGAGAAUUAUCAACGCACCGGGAGACAGUGACGAUGAACGUGAAUGUCACAGAAAGUUUUCGCACGAUGAUGGCAGCACUCGAAACGCAUCACAGUUAAAAAUUUCCCACCGGAAGCUGACGGCAGACGAGAUUGAUAAAUUAAUGAAAAAUCUUGCAACGGCCCAGCGCCCUUUGGACGAACCCGGUUGUCUAGCGGCAUCAGCCGGCUCGGCCGGUGAAAAGCAACAAGUGGAGCUGGAAGCAGUCGAGCUAUCCGUGCUGGAGGACCAAUAUGCUGAAUCGGAAAUUUCUUUCACCAGCUACCGCCUAUCGACAGGAUCACAUUCAGAACGCGAGCUGUCCGCUGACGUAGAGGACAAUUUAGCAUAUUCCCGCGAAUCGCUUCGGUCCUUCAACGACAACGUCGACAAUCAAUCCGACCGCUCGCACGUUGAAUUGAAUUUCUCCCCAGCGCCGGCGACUCCGGUGCCAUUAUUCGCUUUCCGACCGAUUGAGCAAACUGCGUCGGAAGAGUACGAAAGUUAUGGCGAAAUUUCGCGAUCCACCGUCGAUAGGCCAAUUAUGCAAGUUAAAGUGCGUCCCCUGCCUGCAUCGCAUUCCAUCCGGACGAAGUGCCUUCGCAAGCCACCAUCCGACGACGAGCUGCCGUCGCUGAUUGAUUUUCGACAAAUUGAGCGUAACACAAUGGCAGCAUGGAAGCUUCGGGUAAAUGGGAAAAGCUGCAACCACCACCACCACCAACGGUAA